UCUAUAUCAUUACAAAUCUUUCUUAAAUGUUCAAUUAUGUUCAGCUAGAAUCAUCGAAACUAAUUGUUAAUAAUACAAUUAAAACAGAUUAUUACGAUCUUCAGGAAAGAAAAAGAAAUGCGAAAAAUAGAAAAUUAGGUGUACUUUUCGCGCAUGUGCAGCGUCGGAGUGUAGUAUAUUGGUUACAUGUAGAGUUCAGUAAUUCUACAUCCGAGAUGGUAUCAAAUCACACGCUUAUGAAAAUAGCAGGUUUGGGAGGCUUUGUGACAGCCGGUACAGGUUAUGCUUUUCAUUACCGCGUACAACAAGAUAUCAAAAAAAGUGACACUUAUAAAUUCGCGAUAAAUGCCCUACAUGCUCAUAAGAAAGCUGUACCAUAUCUUGGAGAACCUAUAACAAUGGGUCGCAUCACUUAUGGCGAUGGACAGCAAAUGCUUGGAGAAAAAAUUAGAAACUAUAAAUGGUUUAAAGUUUCUCUCACAGGCACCAAUACUAAGGGAAAGUUAUAUUAUGAGGUAAUAUUAAACUGUACAUCUGAAAAUAAGUCCGAAAUAUCCAAAAUCGAAAUCGUGUUUGAUAAUAUACCUGGAAAGACAUUUGUAAUAAAGGAAUGUGAGAUAUGUUAAGAUAGUAUAAAUUAUUUUUAAUUAUUAAUAUAUGUUAUUAUUAAAAAAUGUAUUAUCAGAACAAA